UCAAACAGAACAGAAUUUAGCAAACAAUUUUUAUCUAAGAGCCAAAUUAGAAUAUUAGUUUCUAUUAAUAUGUAUUCAGGAGUAAUGGAAAGAAACACAGAAUGGAGUGUUAUAGAAGAAGAUAGAUGGAGGAAAGGACCUUGGACUUCUGAGGAAGACAAAUUGCUCAUUGAGUAUGUCAAACUGCACGGUGAAGGCAGAUGGAACUCUGUUGCUAGGCUUACAGGAUUGAGAAGAAAUGGGAAAAGUUGUAGGUUAAGAUGGGUCAACUAUUUGAGGCCAGACCUUAAGAAGGGCCAGAUAACACAACAAGAAGAAAGCAUAAUCCUAGAGCUUCAUGCUAGAUGGGGAAAUAGAUGGUCAACAAUUGCAAGAAGCUUGCCGGGAAGAACAGACAACGAAAUAAAGAACUAUUGGAGAACACAUUUCAAGAAAAAGACUAAAAAACCGUUCGAUGCUGCUGAAAAGGCAAAAAAUCGCUCUUUCAAAAGGCAGCAACAACAGUUGAAACUGCAACAGCACCAAAUUCAGCAGCAGCAACAAUUUCAAUACAAUAUGGACAUGAAAGGGAUUAUAGACUUGUUGCUUGAUGAAAAUGACUACUAUAGUGUGCCUUCUACUUCUCAAGAGAGUCAAGAAAUGGUUACCAUGUAUGGAGAAACACCAGAACAACAAGGUUACUCUUACUCUAUGGUCAAUGGUAGUGGUAAUGUUUAUGCUCAAGAGUCUUCAAAUGAAGAAAUUUUGUGGGAUGGACUUUGGAACAUGGAUGAUGUUCUUGGAAGUUCAAUGCAACCUAUGAUGCUACAAGCAAAACCAGCCAAUGUGCACAAUUUAGUUACUCCCUUUUGUUAACUUUUUUUUGUUUAGCUUUUAGUUAUGUUAAGAAUAGUACUAAAAAGCUUGGUGUUAAGACAAAUUUUGAUGCAUAAGUUGUGGACUGAGAACUCAAUGUAGCCAAUGAUUUUGCUUUUUUCCAUAAUAACAAGAGUCCACAACUUUACUUCUUCAUAAUCUUAAAGAGAUAAUUGA